GCAGAAAGAGGCACAUGCGCGCAGCAGCUGGGAAGAGGAGCCCGUAUUGUGUGCAGGAAGGUGGAGCGGGAGUGCGCCAGCGGUGACACAGCUUCCGGAGUGCAGUACUGCGCUUGCGUGCCUCUGAUUUCCCUCUUCUCCAGCUGCAGGAAGGGCUUGGGGCUGCAGAACUGUAUCCUCACUAAUGGACCUGGUUGGUUUUGGUUAUGCAGCCCUUGUGACAUUUGGAAGUAUUUUGGGAUAUAGGCGGCGAGGUGGAGUUCCAUCUUUGAUUGGUGGUCUUUGUGUUGGAUUUUUGGCUGGCUAUGGAGCUUACCGUGUCUCUAAUGACAAGCGGGAUGUCAAAAUAUCUCUGUUUACAGCUUUCAUCCUGGCUACCAUAAUGGGUGUGAGAUUCAAGAGGUCCAAGACAAUAGUGCCUGCUGGCCUGGUUGCAGGCUUGAGCCUCAUGAUGAUCCUGAGACUCGUCUUACUGAUGCUCUAGCACCCAGAGGAGCCGAGAACUGAAUUCCCAACAUUCUGCUGUACUGGGAUGAGCUGAUUCUUGUAUUUAAAAUACCAAUUAAAUAUAGAGUGUUAAAUGUCUUAUGCUAAAACAAAAUAUUGACACAUGAAUAUUAAAAACUAGUUAGCAGUGUUUUUUUUCUUUAAAACCUACAUUUUAGCUGUUUCUAAUUGUCAAUCCUGUUGUUUCAAAAAUUGUUACAUAUUUAUUUGCUUUUUCUAAUUUUAUAUCUAUGGAAGUUAGGGGUUUGCUGUUUUCUGUUUUUGACAGUCCCAAAUACUCAUGACUCAAGUAAGUUUAAAUUAAACUGCAGGGUGGUCAGAUAAGAGGGUUCCUUGAGUGGACUACACAGAAUGCUAAUUAGCUAUUUGUCACUUUGAUGCAUUCAAAGUCAUAUUUGUAUUAUUGCCAGUGUUUUUACCUUUGGAUGAAUUCCAUUCUCUGUAAUCAAUGUCCUAAAAGCAUGUAUUCAGUAGUCAAAUAAAGACAUUUUAUUUUAA